GUUUAUAUACGUAUAAUAAGAGUUCCCUGUAACACUCAGUCUUCGGAAUUGUGUCAAACCAAGCAGACAUUUGUUUGGGAAAGUCGAGAACUCAAUAUCUUCGCUAUUUAUUUGAAAAAUUUGAAUUUAUUUAAAUUAAAUUUUAAUCUCUGUGCUCACGUCUUUUGAAUGGUGAAUAAAACAUGAAAAUGGAAGCACACAGAACGCCGAUUCAAAGCUUUUAUGCUGGACAGACGAUAUUUAUUACAGGCAGUACCGGUUUUCUCGGAAAGGUGUUAAUUGAGAAACUUUUACGAAGUUGCCCUGACAUCUUUAAGAUAUAUGUGUUAAUACGUCCGAAAAAAGACAAAUGUCCCGCAAGCCGAAUGGAUGAAAUGUGUGAGAAACCUCUAUAUGACAGAGUAAGAAGAGAAGUUCCUAAUUUCCGUAAAAGAAUUGUACCGAUCAUAGGGGAUAUCAAUAUCGAAGGCUUCGGGUUAUCAGAAAAUGACCAGAACUUAGUGAUAAAUGAGGUGUCCAUAAUUUUUCAUUUAGCGGCGAAUGUACGGUUCAAGGCGAAUAUCAAAACUUCGACAGUAGUAAACGUUAAUGCCGUCGGCACCAUCUUAAAACUCGCAAAACGCAUGCCAAAUUUGAAAUCACUUGUUCAUGUGUCAACAAUAUAUGCAAACUGCCAUGUAGAACAUAUAGAAGAACGCUGUUACUCGUAUCCCAUUAAUUACCAAGAUCUGAUCAUGUUCACGCGUAAUUUACCCGAAAUUGAAGUCCAGAAGAAAAUAUCAAGAAUUAUCUCAAGAUGGCCGAAUGUAUAUACAUUCACGAAAGCAAUGGCAGAAGGACUUGUUAGAGAUAAAAGCGGAGAUUUACCAGUUGGAAUAUUUCGACCUGCAAUAGUAUUAGCAACCGCCAAUGAACCACUUGUCGGAUGGAUCGAUAAUAUCUAUGGACCACUGGGUAUUAUGGUGAACAUGCUACUUGGUCACACAAGGUUUCACCAUUGUAAUUCCGAUCUCAAAGCAGACCUAGUGCCCGUCGACUUUACCAUAAACGCUUUAAUCGCUAGCGCUUGGGACAUUUCUAAUCAAUGCAGGAAAGGCAAGGAUAUGAUAAUUUAUAACUUCGUGUCACCAGUUGACAGACCUACUUGGAAUGAGUACUCUAAUACACUUUUGGACACAAAUAAGAUAUACCCCUUGCAUAGCGCCAUAUAUUACCCCUGUAUGACAUACUUGAAACGUAACAUACCAUAUAGAAUCUGCGUUUGGCUCUAUCAUUUUCUUCCGGCUUUACUAGUGGAUGCAGCAAACAUUUGUAUGAAUCGUAGACCGAGAAUGUUAAAGCUAUGUCUAAUGAUCGACAAAUAUUGUAAUGCCGCCGCACCUUUUUGUAACAAUGAGUGGAGUUAUUCCACUGACAACGUUCAAGUUAUGUGGGAUCGUCUUGGUGAGGAAGAUCAGAAAUUAUUUAAAUUCAACAUGUUUGGAUUUGACUGGACAAAAUAUAUCGUUGAUCAUUACAAGGGCAUACGUCUAUUUCUACUGAAAGAUGAUGAUAGUACUUUAGAAAUCAGUCGCAUCAAACAUAAAAGAUUGUAUUGGAUACACCAAACGUUACGAAUUGUAUUUGUAUUCAUCGGCCUUUGGAUUAUCUGGUUAAUGUUUACAAUUAUAUACGUAUAACUCUUUCUGCAUAUAUUUUUAUAUUAACUCAAUAAAAAAUAUUGCUUAUAGUUAAUAUAAGGACAAACGUAAUAGGAAAAGAUUUCAUUAAUAUAAUUAAGAAGUUUUUGGACCUUGAGAUUAAAAAAUGGUUAUAUACACACACAUACGCGAGCGCGCACAGGCGCGUGUGCGCGUACAUGCGUACACGCAGAAAUACUACGUAUUAAAUAUUAUAUAGUUUAUAAAAAAAGUUUUGCCUAUUGCAAAUUUGUUUAUAUUUGUCUGUAUAGUAAUCAUAGGCGUGCGACCGAUGUGCGAAAUAUUAUGUGCUGUUAAAAGUUAGGGUUGUAACAAAUAGUAUGAAAUAUUUACUACAAAAGUUGUGAUCAUCCAUGGAAUGUGGAAAUAUGUGUGUAUACAUAUGUAUUUCAUAAUAGUUUUAAUUUAAGUAAAAUAGCUCCAGAAUUCUAUGUUUGUUCUGUGUUUUAAUGUCCACAGUGGACGUAUUGCAUUCGCCAAUCACAUAAAACGGGGCCAUAGCAGCU